CGCUUCUAGGAAAAUGCCCAUCUCGCAGGAAUCAAUGGAACAGAGACUAAUCGAAUGCUUCCCUAUGGCCAUUGAGAGGAAAGUGUUCGAUGUCUCAGGAGGUUGUGGCCAGUCUUAUGAAGUCUUGAUUGUCUCCCCAGAAUUCGCCGGUAAAACCACGCUGGCAAAACACCGACUGGUAAACGAGCGUCUCAAAGAUGAGAUAAGUGAACUACACGCCUUCAGUCAGAAAACCUUCACACCAGAGCAAUACGCGACAGUCAAGGAAAAUGAACAAACAAAGGGGAAUUGA